UCUCAUGCAUGCAGUUCCUGUCUAUGUGUCUACCUGAAAGUCAAUAUUAUAAUGUCGGAUUUUUGCCUUUGGCACUCCAGGGAAAACGGAUCAGGAGGAUCAGCAGAUAGAGAAAUUAACACCAUUCUUUUCCCCCCUGUUUGUUUAUAAAAUGAAUUAGUAAAUGACUGUUAAUUCCAUAAGUUUUAAAUCCUGUUACCUCAGAGGUACUGGUGUAGAUUACUAGAUGUCAGUGAUAAAGGGCACUUAAAAGAUAUUCUCAGCCACGGAUUAUCUCCCCUCAUGCAUGUACUUACAGAGGUUUGCAUACAUAGAUAUUGGAAAUAAAGGGAUUUUUUUUUUAUAUCCAAGUGCAACUUUGUCCGCGGAGAUGGUGGGUAAUGGUUGAUUUAUCGACAUCAUGUCCGCUUCUUUUAGUUGGCUGUUUCACUUUCCAUUACCUGUACUGUGAUCUAGUUAAUGAAAACUAAUGAAACAUCUUAGUUACAUUAACAAAUCCACAAAUCAAUAGUCUCAUUUGGGUAUAAUCUCACCUGUUCACUGGACACAUCGCAAUCAGGGGAGACAACUGCCACCUGUCAUCUCAGACAGUGUCAAAAAAAUAAGUCAACAAAAAUUGUGGUAUAUAAUAUCAUGUAUAACUUCCUGGGAUUGAUAUAUCUGUGUAAUUGAUUCUUUAUGAAAUUUACGUUAAUCUGUCUUUGUUCAGCAUCAAUGUCCCAUGUCCAGUGUUGUUUUAACAAAUGGACUUUACUUUUAAAAAAUCUGUAGUAAAGAGAGAAGUGUUGACUGUGUGUGGGGAUUCUGUAAGCCUUUGUACAAAUGCUGGCCGUGCAUCUUUGUUGGGCGAUAAUGUUUAGAUCCCUACUGUAAAGCCUCAGUGUCAAUAUUAUACCUGGUCAUUACCGAUACUUCAGCACAGGGAGGAAACGCUAGGUUUAAAUUUGACAACGGAAACUUGUAUUUGAUUUUGUGUACGGGGAGGGUUGUUUAUUUGGAAAUGAUUUAUCAGGACUAUCAGCUGUGUUUUUAGAAAGAGAAAGUCAAUUUGUGAUAAAUUGCUGGCUUUUUGUCUUCAUUCGAAGAUCAUGAAAGACAGGUCUCCUGAUGAAUGAAAAUAUGAGUAAGAAGAAUAUCUUUGGUGCUGUGAUAGUGGCAGCGGUGGUAUGCAUAAUCAGAUCAGGUCAAGGUCAACAGACAGAGGAACUGCAUUACAAGAUAUUGGAAGAGCAGUUGCCCUUGACCUUUGUAGGGAAUAUUGCUAAUGACAGUAAUCUAAGGGAUGAAGUGACUUCUGUGAUGAUGUCUCAGCUAACGUUCCAGAUCUGGAAUGCUGGGAAUACUGCCUACGACAAAUUGUUCCAUAUCAGUGAAUCUUCAGGCCGCCUAGAAACAGCUACUGUCAUCGAUCGGGAGAAGGUCUGUCAGCCCACUAGUAGCUGUAUCCUCAGCCUGGGAGUUGCUGUUUUUCAACCUGAUAAUGAGUUGCUGAAAGUUAUAAAAGUCCUUGUCACGGUUGAAGACAUUAAUGAUAACUUUCCCGUGUUUUCUCAGCCGUCCAUUUCCAUGAAGGUUUCGGAAGCAAGUGACAUAGGUCAUGUACUCCUGACAAACACGGCACAUGACGGGGACAGCGGAGGGCAGAACUCUGUCUUGACCUAUGAACUUGUGUCAGGAGGACCAACCUUUAGUGUAAAGCUUGUUCAAGAUGUAGACUCUAGGGAGAACCUAGGAAUAGUAGUGGAGGAUAAAUUAGACAGAGAACUGCAAGACUUCUAUCAGCUGGUGAUUGUGGCUAAAGAUGCCGGUAUUCCACAGAGAAAUGGAACUCUUCGAGUCAAUAUUACUGUGCUGGAUGCUAAUGAUAACACACCAAGCUUUCUGAAUAAGACCUACAGCAUUAAAGUAUCGGAGGACCAGGCUAAUGGAACAGUCAUCUUGCGUCUAUCAGCUGAUGAUAAGGAUAUAAACAACAAUGGUAGGAUCACUUACGAAUACAGUUCCCGUACAUCUACCCAGCUGAAAGAAGAGUUUCAGUUAGAUGAAACUAAUGGAGAAAUUAGAAUCAGCAGCCCACUGGAUUAUGAAAAAGAGACUAAAUACCAGUUUGUUGUCAUUGCUAGAGACAAUGGCAUUCCUUCCUUGUCCACUCAAGUGAUAGUAAACAUCACAGUGUUAGAUAUCAAUGAUAAUGCUCCACAGAUCAAUGUCAAUCUACCACCAGGUGGCACUGGUGUGGUGGAGAAUGCUGAAGUUGGUCAGUACAUUGCCACAGUAGUUGUCUCGGACCCUGAUGGAGGAGAAAAUGGAACCGUCAACUGCACCGUAUCUAAUGAAAAUUUCAACAUUGUAAAAAUGUACCCCAGCAUCUUCAAAAUCAUACUGGGUAGUCGACUCGACAGAGAAAAAGUACCAGUGCACAAUUUAACGAUCAACUGUUUCGAUUUCGGAAAUCCUCCAAAAACGAACAAGACCUUCUUCUAUGUGAAUGUCAGUGAUGUGAACGACAAUUUUCCUGUGUUCAGUAAGAACAUUUACGAAGUUGAUUUUCCAGAAAAUAAUAUAAUUGGUGAUGUGAUAGUGCAUGUCUCUGCCAAUGAUAAAGAUGAAGGAGAAAAUGGCCGAGUUACAUACCAGUUUUUAACCAUGCAGUCUGACUUUGCCAUCAAUCCUACCUCGGGAAUCAUUACAGCGAGUCGUAUAUUUGACAGAGAGAACAUUUCAGAUACCACUUUUGUGGUUAUUGCUAGGGAUAAUGGUGUCAGCAAACAAAAGUUUAGCUCCACAGCAACAGUUUUUGUCAGAAUAAAAGACAUAAAUGAUGAAUAUCCGUUGUUUUCACAAACUAGAUAUGACAUCCUUGUAGCAGAAGAACAACCUAUAAAUAAGACUAUUGGACAGUUUUCUGCUGAGGAUAGAGACAGUGGGAUAAAUGGAGAAUUUGACUUUCACAUUGAGGAGGGCUUUUCAAAGAUUUUCGCCAUUGAUCCAACUGGAGGUCUGAAAACAAAAAUCCUCCUGGAUAGAGAAAAACGGGAGGAGUACCAUUUUCAGAUCUAUGUGACUGACAGAGGAACACCAGUCCUGACCAGCACUGCCAAUGUUUCCUUAUACCUGGAGGAUAUUAAUGACAAUCCUCCCACCAUUUUUUACCCCAACGAUAGAAACAAUUCCAUCUCCCUGUCUCUGCAGACUGUACCAAACACCAUCAUCGCUCGAGUGAUUGCAAACGAUACAGACAAAGGAGUCAAUGCACACCUGACUUAUCACAUUAUUCAAGGGAACCUCAACAACUUGUUCUCGAUAGACAACGAAACUGGGGUAAUCAGACUGGAGCGUUCACCAACAGAAGACGAAGCUGGGACCUAUAAUCUUGUCAUGGCAGUCUCCGACUCUGGAGACCCUUCCAAAGCCAACUGGAGCCACCUGGUGAUCACUGUUGGAGAAAAAUCCAAUUCUCAGAAUCUAAUUAUUGUCAUUGUUGUCUGUUCCGUUACCAUGGUGAUCUCUCUAGCACUGAUUCUAAUCAUCUGCAUUAUCCGCAAGAGAGACCUUAAAAAGUACCAACACAAAGAGAAACACUUUAAGACAUCGCACAAGAGUCUUCUCAGAAAAUGCUUAUUCUGCCUGACAACUCCAAAACAACCAAAACAACUGACAACUGAAAACAACAACAACAGGUACACAGAAGCAAUGCCCAGCACGUCUCACAAUGACAAGAUGUACACACAACUAGUGAGGGGCACUAAGCCAGACCUGGCUCGAGUUGACAGUGGUAUAGGGGAAGUCUCACCCCCAGAUAGUGGGCUUGGUGACAGUGCUGAUGUUGGCAGUGAAAUAUACAGAUCUGAUAUGGACCUCUCCUCUGUGCCUCUUCCUCCUCCAGGCUUUUCUGAUAAAUCCUCUCACUCCCUCUCUCCUGGACAAUCUGAGCAGGACAUUCCAAAUAAUUCUGCCUGGCAUCAGCAGACAAGAGUUACUUUCAAUGACUACCAGCGUAACAUAAGUCUGGAUGAACAAAUGUUACGAAGGAAUCCAAAACCACCAAUUUAUUUUGCAAGAUUCCGAUCCAGUUCUGAAUCAGAAAGUUUAUCCAAAGACCCAUCUUCAAGUAGUGAUAAAAUAGAUGUGUCUCAUAGCUCCUCAUUUAAGCAUAAUAACAUAGACUUAUCACAGUCCUAUUCUGGACCAUUCUUCUCAAAGAGUUUGGACAGAAAUAAUAAAAACAUUCACUUUGCACGAGGAAGACCUCAAUAUUCACGUCAGCCUCGAGCUGCUGUGAGAAGAGAACUUCCAACAAUCAGUGCUUCCCCAGAUUUAUAUGAUCCAAUACAAGAACUCACAGAGAUCUCAUAUCAGGACGACGAUAUGUACAGCCACAGCAAUCACUAUAGGGACCAGGUCUCCCUUCAUGACAGCCAGUCCCAGAUUUCCCAAAAUCCUUCACUGGACUUCACAGGAAAGAUAACUCUGGCUGAAAAUCAGUCCCAAUACUCCAAUGACACAACAUUGGCAAGCUUUGCCAUCAAUCCUUCCAAUUUCGAAAGUGUGUUCAAUACUGAUGUUGUAGUUUGACAUAGUUGUUUGAAUUUUUGGUGAAACUUUUGAAUUAAUUAAGCAUUGUUAGUGCCAUACAGAUAAGAAAUGAAAUGAUGAGUGCUAAUCAAAUUUGUGAUAUAUGUAUAUUGAGAUGUAACACAGGUUAUCUUAGUACAGAAAUUACCUCUAAUUGUUGUAAAAAGAUGUCAUUCAUUUCAUCAACUUGUUCAUGUAAUAAUAGAUAUAUUUUUUUCCACAUGGAUUUAUUGCAAACGUCAGAUUUCUUUGAUUUUUUCAUCAGGAAUAUAAUCAAUCUCCCUAUUGAUAUUUAUUAUUUUGCAUCGAUCUGCAUGUACUUGGAAUAAACAAUACAAAUUGUAACAGUAUUUUUCAUCACUUUGAUUAAAUGGUACCGUGUGUUUAUCAGGUGACCAUAAAAUUCAAAAUGAUGGGUACAGGAAAUCUAUUGGUGACAUGUUCAUUACAUGGGAGAAUGUUGUUUUUCUGUUACUGCUCAUAUUUAGAUGUGUAGUCAUGUUAAAUAAUAACAAAGAUUCUUGGAAAUAUCUUUGUCAUAUAUCCUGUACAAUACUCAGUUUUCCAUGGUUAUACUUAAUAAACCAGAUUCAGGCAAUCAUUAUUUUAUGUCUCAAAAUAAUUUUUGCAUAAAAAUGUUUUACUUUCAGACAUUCUGUUUAUAAAUUAUAUCCGAGCAACUGUUCUCAGUAGACAAUUAGUAUAUAUAUUUUUAUACUGUUUUAUAUUGAUAAUAUAGGACAAAUAUCAUUUGUUAUUUUAUAUAUUGUUGCAAGGUUAGCUGAUACGAAUAUUGCACCUUGAAUUUUAAAAUUUUAUUUUGAUAUGCACAUUUAAUGUGCUUUUUAACAAUAUAUAUGUUUAUAUUGUCUAUCAAUGGAAUCUUAAGAGUGAAUUAUCUCCCUUUGAAUCUUAAAGAAAUUUGUCUCUAAAUUCAUAACAUAUAAUUUUUUUCCCCCUGAUUAAUGGUCCAUUGCACAAUUCAUUUCAUGAAUAUACAGUUUGCAUAUGGAACUUGGUUGAAAAAUAUAUUUCUUCUUUUCAAAAAAGUGAUGAUAUUUUUUAAUACGUAUAUGAUUUUACUUGUGUAGAAUUUAAUUAUGUCUUCUAUUGAAGAAUUAUGAUCUUUGUGUUGCAAAUUAAAAAUUAAUUUCUUUC